UAUAACUUAAUAUUGAUUUCAGGCCGUCGGUCCGAUCGUCGAGACGAAAACCUGCCUAUACACCAUGCCCCCAGAUCGCAAUUUUGUUAUCGACACUUGCUCACACAAGGGCUGGCCAGAUGUCAGUGUAUGUUGCGGAGCUGGGCAUGCGUACAAAUUUGCUAGUUUGCUUGGAAAGAUUCUCACCGAGUUGGCAGUGGACGGUCACACCCACUACAACAUCGAAGAGUUCGGGAUACAGAGGGACGCCCUGACCGACCCCAGCUUCAAACCAGCCUUCCACAUGGGCGACUCGGUUACAGAGAAACGUUGAUUGAUAGCACAUCUAUGGAGAAACUGUAGAGUCCCAUCACGUUUAUAGUCCGCUUGAGUGAAACGGGAACCGAUGAAUUGACAUAUAACUCUAUAAUGAAUAAUGUUAAAUGUUAUAUUAAAGGGACAUUCCCGAGUUUGGUGCAUUGUAAGAUGUAAGACUAAUUGUAGUAUCUUUCAAGAUAAAUGGAAAACAGACGAGACCAACCAUUUUGAUACUUUAUUAUUCCCGACCAAGGGAAACAACUCCCACGUAAGUGUGUACAUUAAGAAAAGAUCAAUGCUAAAACGCGGACGAUGUUUGUCCUAAUAUACGAGUUAAGAUAUUACAUCCCCUCCUUCUUAAGAUAAACCAUAUAUAUAUUUUUUUUUUUUUAUAUACCCCAUAUAUUUAUUUAUUUAUUAUUUUUUUUAAAUUUCUAAACCUUUUAUUUAAUUUAUUAUUCAUACUAAAAUUUUAUAUUUAACUGUGUAAAUGUAUUUUCUCACCGUUCUUAGAAUUGUCACCAUAUUUAGUCACUUUUGUGUUAUUCAACAUGAGCUUCAAGUCUUGUAGAAAUGUUCAAUAAAUUUCCUUCAUAUAA